AUAAUAUGUUUAAAGUUGAGGCGUGUCAAGGUUGACCCCUGGAAACCGAAUUUGAGGCAAAAUCAGAUGAUAUAAAAACUGAAUCUGAACUGAAUUUCAACAGUGGAAAUCAUCCAGUCCUAAAACAAACAUCAUGAACUCAAUCGCUGCCGUAGUUUUCUUUGCCGUCGUUGCUGCCGCCAGCGCAGGCAUCGUAGCUCCCAGUGGUUUGAUUGCAAGCACUUAUGCUGCCCCAGCCCUUACAGCCUACUCUACACCCCUUGCUUAUAACACACCUUUGGCCUACUCUGCUCUUGCUGCUCCAGCUUACACCGCCUACUCUUCCCCAAUUGCCUACUCUGGCGUCCUUGGACAUGCCGCUGAAAGCACCGUAGUUGCUGGACCAUCUGGAACCAUCACCAAAACCAACAGCAUUGCUAUCCCAGCAAUUGCUGCCAGAUACGCUCUCCCAAGUGCUUACACUUAUGGGGGACUUUAUUUGUAAAUAUAAUUUUGAGACUGAAAU